AGCCUAGCCAGCAGAAGGCGAAGAUCUAUCAGCAAGAGUGGGAAAGGCGGCUACACGAUGUUCAAGUGUCAAAAGAUGACCUAAAUCGGCUUGUCAUGGACUUCCUCGUCAUCGAGGGGUACAAGUCUACAGCUGAAGAGUUCAGCAAGGAGGCGGGUAUGGAUGCGCCUGUAGACUUCGACUCUAUCGAGAACAGGAUGAACAUAAGGGAGGCGCUUCAGCGCGGUGAUGUCGGUGAUGCGAUAACCCGGGUGAACGACUUGAACCCUGAGAUACUCGACACGAAUCCAUCAUUAUAUUUCCGCCUUCAGCAGCAGAAACUCAUUGAGUUCAUCCGCCAAGGCCAGAUAGCGGAGGCGCUCCAGUUUGCCCAGGAGGAGCUUGCACCUCGUGGCGAGGAGAGCCCUGAGUUCCUUGCUGAGCUUGAGCGUACUAUGGCUCUGCUCGCUUUCGAGUCGUCACCCAUGAUGCCGUCAUCCGUGAGCGAGCUGCUGUCAACAGCCCAGCGAAUGAAGACUGCGGCCGAGGUGAACGCCGCGAUCCUUGAGAGCUUCAGCCAAGGGAAAGAGGCUAAGCUCGUCGGUUUGCUGCGGCUGCUUUGUUGGGGCGAAGCCCUGCUAGAAGAGCGUGCGGAUCUGCCAAAGCUUGACCUAAACGAUGGGACGUUUGGUGGGCGAGCAAGCAGAUAGGUGGCGCGCAGGGUCCAUAGGCUGUGUGGUUUCGAUACGUGUAUGUAUUUGUACGGACUUUGUAACAUGGACAGUUGGUACCGCUCG